AUGGCGAGCCUCCGAUCAGCGCUGCGUGCGGCGCCUCGAGCCCAAUUCGUCCGCCCAGCGACCGUCUCACGAUUCGCACCACGCAGCUAUGCUACAGUAGCUCCCAAUCCAGCCACGGACAGCAAGUCGCCAGCACAGGUAGAGCAAGCACAAGAGGAUGUGACGCUUCUUGGUGGUCAGGGUGUAGACCCAAACAUGAACGGCAACUACCCAGACCCAUCGCAAACAUCCGCCCUUCCCCUCAAGCGCCAGUUCCGUGACCCAUACGCAGACUGGUGGGACAAGCAAGAACGACGAAACUACGGCGAGCCCGUACACGAGGACAACGAUAUUCUCGGAAUCUUCACACCAGAGGAGUAUACACAUUUCAAGCCAGCUUGGGGUGGAGUCCUAGUUGGCGCAUUCGUAGCCUCAGUCGGCGUACUCUGCGCAGUUGUCUACAGAUAUUACCCAGACAAACCAUCAGUCUCACGGACAUUCCCAGACGGGCUGGAGGCAGAGCUCGGUGGUCCACUAGCGAGACCUGCGCGCAAGGAUAACGAGGGUCCUGCUCCGCUUGACAGAUCUGUGGUAUAG